UGAUAUUACUUUCUAUUACUUUUCUAAGCUUAGUCGAUAGUUAGACUAGACGUUCGCUUGAAACUCCAGAUCAGAACACGGACCGCGGUAUUCUUACCAUUUUUCCAGAUUCGAAUUGUUAAGCUUGGCCUGAUCUUUUAUCUGGCAGACUUUUAUCCCUGAUUAGAUUUUGAACUCAGCAGGGACAUUUUUUCAUAACAUCGGAUUAGUAUGAAACUUUCCCUUAUACUUUCGUUAUCAACGAUUAUUUCGUUUACACAAGCAGUGUUUUUGGAUACUAAUAAUGUUACUAAUAUCGAGCAAAACACCGCGUUGAUUGCAAAAGGUUUACUUGAUUAUUAUGAAGGAGAAAAAUACGGGGGUACCAUUGGUAUGUUUAGUUGGCCAUAUUAUUGGUGGGAAGCCGGGGGAGCCUGGGGGUCCCUUAUUGAUUACACUUACUAUAUGAAAAAUGAUACUUUAGUGCCUUUGAUUAAACAGGCAUUAGAAUAUCAAGUUGGUGAUGAUUAUAAUUAUAUUCCUUUAAAUCAAUCCACUACCGAAGGGAAUGAUGAUCAAGGUUUCUGGGGGAUUGCCGUGAUGGCUGCAGCAGAAAAGAAUUUCUCGAAUCCUGAAAAUCCGAAAAAGGCAUGGUUAUCAUUAGCUCAAGCAGUUUUCAAUACCAUGACUGCUAGAUGGGAUCAUAAGGAAUGUGAUGGUGGUCUUAGAUGGCAAAUUUUCCAGUGGAACUCGGGUUAUGACUAUAAGAAUUCCGUUUCAAAUGGCUGUUUAUUCAAUAUUGCUGCUCGUUUAGCUCGUUAUACUAGUAAUGAUUCCUACGUUGAAUGGGCAGAAAAAGUUUGGGAUUGGAUGUAUGGAAUUGGACUUCUUUCUGAAGGUGAUUGGUGGUUUGUUUAUGAUGGGGUCAAAGUUGAUAAUAACUGUAGUAAAGUCACCAAAUACCAAUGGUCUUACAAUCAAGGUUUAUUAUUAUCUGGUUGUGCCUUCUUGUACAAUUAUACUGAAGAUGUCUUAUGGUUGAACCGUUCACUCAACUUGUUAAACGGGGCUCAAGUUUUCUUUGCUAAUAACUCCGUCAUGUAUGAAGCUGCCUGUCAAAAUUCAAAUAAUUGUAAUCAAGAUCAACGUUCUUUUAAAGCGUUUUUCUCAAGAUUCUUGGGUUUAACUUCUGUUUUAAUUCCUCAAACCUAUGAUAUCAUCCACUCAUGGUUAGUUGAUUCCGCAAAUGCUGCUGCCUCCUCUUGUUCCGGUGGGCUGGACGGCCAUACCUGUGGUUUGUCCUGGACAAAUGGUUCUUGGGAUGGUUACUAUGGUUUAGGUGAACAAAUGUGCGCUUUGGAGGUUAUGACCAACUUGAGAGUCCGUGAUGUCGAUCCUCCUUACACUGCUAACACCGGUGGUUCUUCUAUUGGUGAUCCUGCUUCCGGUUAUUCUACUACUGCCGUCGAUGCAACUCCUUUAUCGCUAGAUGCUGGUGACCGUGCUGGUGCUGGUAUCAUCACCGCUAUUCUCGGCUCGGCCUUGAUUGGUACCGGUGUCUGGCUUGUGAUAUAA